UAUGCCGACCGCCAAGAAUUUGUCAACUACGAAGUUCGCGCGGGCCUGUCGACCUCCUACGCCGACCGUGGAUGGAUUGAAAACGACGUGCACUCCGAAGCAGGGUCUCGCACGCUCGACUACGCAUACGAUGACUAUGCCGUCUCCAUCCUCGCCACCCUCCUGAACAAAGCCGACAACGCGACGUUCUUCGCAAACCGCUCGCGCACAGCCCCGUUCACCAUCUUCAACAACGCCACCGGCUUCAUGGAGGCACGUAAUUCGAGUGGUAUCUUUGCAGGGCCGGACGAAGGGUGGACGGAGGGCGAUAAGUGGAUAUAUACGCUCGAUGUUGUGCAGGACGUUCCUGGGCUUAUUGAGCGCAAGGGCGGAAACGAGAGCUUUGUCGAGUAUUUGGAUGAAUAUUUUGGCGGAGGGCAUAACGAUCAGACCAACGAACCUUCGCAUCAUGCGCCGUAUCUGUACGUCUUUGCAGGUGCUGCGUCGAAGACGCAGUCGUUGCUUCGGCAGAUUGCUCAGGAGAACUAUAACUCCACCGUCAAUGGUCUUUCAGGUAACGAUGAUUGUGGCCAAAUGAGUGCUUGGUAUAUCCUCGCUACGCUCGGAUUUUACCCUGUUGAUCCCGUCUCUGGGGAGUUUGUCGUUGGAAGCCCUUUCUUUGACAAGGUCACCAUCGACUUCCCUUCUAACAAAACACUGACGGUCACCUCAACGGGUGCACCCUCAAAGCCAUACGUCAGCUCGGUUACGGUAAACGGGCAAGCUCUCGAGCAACCUAUAGUCCGUUAUGAGGAUGUCGUGAACGGGGGCGAGAUUGUGUUUGAGAUGAGCGAUACGCCGCAGCCGUGGGGGAGUGCGACGGUUGUGAAUGGUACAAGUUUAUGAGUCAUUGGUGGUUUGUAUCACUAUAGUGCAAUAUAACUCGGGUUUACGAAGCGCUUCACAUCAACAGCCAAGUCAGACCUCGAAACGUCAGCAUUUAUACUGAGAGUGAAUAUAGGCACCUACAGAUCAAUCGUCCACAAUCUCCAUAUCUCCAUCGUACUCAUCUUCCACAACGUCUUCGUCAUCGCCGUUGGUACUUGCAACAAUCAAUCGCAGCUCAUCAGCGCUCAUCUCACGCAGAUCCCGCUCCUUCCUCGCUUCACGCAGAACACCGAGCUUUUCUUCCAUCCAAUCAUGUCCGUUCGCUCCUCGCACGUUUCCGUAUAUCCCAAGGUAUCCGAGCCGCUCAAACGAGGCAACCAGCAGGAUCACAAAGUCGACCGCAUCGCGAUUCUGGAUGUGAGAGCUAAGCAGAUCCAAGCUCGUGAGAGUACGAUUGCGCGGGGCUCCUCGCCUCACCUCGA